UGCCUUUUCAAAGUUCACCAUCCAAACGUAGGUACUAGUUCGAGAAAUUCAUCCGAAUUUGUCUUUCUUAUACUAAAUUUUGUAUUUAAAUUUUCUCAAGCAUUUUAUUCAGUUCAUAUUAAUACUGUUGCAUAUGUGGAUGGCAAGGAAGUUCAAUUUCAUUUCGGAAACUCAAUGAACCAGGCAGAUUUCUUGCAAGAGCUUCCACAUGUAUAUAAACGGUUAGAAUCUGGACUUAUUAUACCUCAGUUGAAGGAUAUUUUACGAGUUUUUGGACUACGGCUGUCAGGUACAAAACCCGAGCUUAUUGCUCGAAUCAAAGAGUUUGUUGAGAAAAUUGCUAUUAAUAAUGACAUGAAUACAUGGAAUUCACUAAAAAAAGCCGUUGAUGGAGACAUUGCUGGUGCUAUUUGUACAUUACAAUCUAAUCUUUCUCAAAUUUAUCCUCAGACUUUGGCUAUCCCACCUCCUGUUAAUAACCCUGGUAAUAGAUCUUAUACUAGGCCGUUUGCUCCUAUUGUCCAUUCUCGGAUCCGUUUCCGGAAAACACCAUUUUAUGAUAUACUGGAACCGUUUAAUACUCCCUUUACUAUACCGGCAUGUGUUGGUGCCCGUAAUACUGUAUCGUUUUCUUUUCAGUUGACACCGAUGGCCCUUUCAAAAUUGCUAAGUAACCCAAAGGAAUUCAGGGUAUACUUUUUUUCGACGCCAACAGAUACCAUUGGUUUCGGUGAGUGUUUAAUGGAGUAUCCUACUCCUCAAAUGGAGCUUCGCGCUAAUAAUCAAGUUGCGCAUGCAAACUAUCGUGGCUUGAAAGGAAGAAGUGGCACUACAAAUCCAGCCGACAUAACUGAUUAUAUAACAAAAUAUGCUGGUCCUCCAGGAAAUAAUGUUGUUAUUUAUUACAUGAAUGCCACGAAAAGAUAUUCUGCUGUCGUUUCUCUUGUUAAAAUGUACUCUGUUGAUCAUUUGAUUGACGAUAUCAAAUCUCGAAAAAUCGAGACAAAAGAAAAGAUUGUUGAUCGUAUAAAAAGUGAGAACGAAGAUACCGAUAUUAUCGCGACUUCUACAGAUAUUUCCUUAAAGUGCCCUCUGUCGUUUACUAGAAUUUCAUUACCAGUAAGAUCUAGUUAUUGCAAACAUAUUCAGUGCUUUGAUGCCAGAGCAUUUCUAGAAAUGAACCAGCAAACUCCUUCAUGGAUGUGUCCUGUGUGUAAUAUACAUAUACGUUAUCCUGAUUUAGUUGUUGAUGGAUUUAUGCAGCACAUCCUGGAAAAUAGCCCUAGCAACUCUGAGACAAUUACUGUUGAUCCUGUUGGAAAUUGGAGUAUGAAUACUUUUGACGAAGAGAGUGAAAGUUCUGAAGAAGAGAAUUCGCCGAAGGAACAGGUUAUAGAGCUUAGCGACGAAGAGCGAAGUGCUGCACCUGAAAAUACCAGUGAGCCUCCAAUUGCACCGAAACGUAAGGCUUCACCUCCUUCUGCCGCUCCCACAAAUAAGAAGAAACGAGAAUCUCUGGUAAUUGAUCUUACCAUUUCGGAUGAUGAAGAACCCGUGGCUUCUGCUUCUCCUACUAUUUCAACAACAAACGAAACCGACAACUCUUUUUCAAAGCCAACAUCGCCAAACCCUGCUCGGAAAGAUGCUCACGUUCCGUCCUCGACUCCAUCAGAAACUUUGAUGCUACCACAGACUAGUGCCAACGGUAUUUCUCAACGUUCGACACCUUCAAACACUACACCAGGCGUCUCUACUACAUCAACUUUCCAGAGAUCCUUCAACGGUUACGAACCUAAUUAUGCACCUGGAAGAAGUGCAUAUUCUAAUAAACGUCCGACGGAAUCGUUUCAAAGUUCUAGAGGGAUAAGUUUUCCUCCCAUUAGUACUCCUCCUAGACGUGGCUAUCGUUUAGGAAGUUUACCGAUUGAUGACAGUCAGGCCUUAUAUCAUCCUUCCAUGUCAUCGAGAUCAUCAACGGUGCAUAAUACUUCGCCAGGAGCGCAAACGGCCAGUGCUAGUGAUCCUCCGAAUAUGCUUUUAAAUGACUUAGUACUACCUCCGAUGGGGAUGGAUCGCGCCAACAGCUCACCAUCUGUCAGGCCGAAUACCAGGGAGCCACAGUUGUCAAACAGUUAUACACCCAAUCGGCAAAUGCUUUACAAUAACAUUCCAACCCGACCACCUUUCACGAUCCCGGAAUCUGAUCGUGAUCUUCUUAGUUAUGAUGAUAUACAAGGUAGACAAGUGCUAAACUUACCUCAAAUUCAAGAAACACAACAGAGACCUCCGCAGACGGCUGGACCGCUGUGGAAUGAAGAGGAAGAUAACCGAAUCAAUUGGGAUUCAGAAUUUCAUACUACCUUCCCAUUUAAUAAUCCUACUUAAAUUUACCAAGAUGGAAUUGUCAAAUGUUAGGUACGGCGUUGUGUAUGAAAAAAAUGAAACGUAUUUAGAAUAUGGGAAAUGAUAAUGGGAAUUUCAUAUAAAAAUAUUAAAAGUGAACAAUUAUUCUGCUACUCUAUAAGGUACAAAUAACUGAACAAAUACAGGUAAAUAAGCAUGAACUCAGAUUUUAUUUUCUACAACCACCACAUUUAAGCAGAGUUCUUCUUAGGGCGUUGAGAGGCAAGAAUAGCAGAAGAACGAGCAAUAGCAACGUUCAAAAGGUCAGGACGGUAACCAGUCUUGCCAACGCGGCCAGCAACGCUCUUGUAGGUCUUACGAGAAGACUUGUUAGCAAUAACAUCAGUGCGGAAAAGCUUGGCGGGCUUUUGAGCGUUCUUGGGGUUGGUCUUGGUGACCAUAACAACACCACGAGGGCUGUUAGCGUUGAUACCAACGGCACGGUCGCUGCUAAGACCGGAGUAACGUUGAGCGUUCUUUCCGGUAGCGUUGAAGGGCUCACGGUUGAAUUGGAUGCCGCCGAAUUCAGAACGCUUAACGAGGAAGCGGUUGUUUUCACGGAUAACUUGCCAGAUGAGAUCGUUGCUAACAGACAUGGUGUGAGUGCUUGACAAGUUUCACUAUUGACGCAUGAAACAUUUAGUUUUGUGUGACUGUCUUUUGGGUCCACCAGAAAGUUUAGGGCUGUGUUUUAUGGUUUGGCAACACGCGCUGAAAUACAUUAAAAGAUAUAGGGAAACUAAAAUUAUACACGCUAAACAGUAAACAAACCAGUGCUAUGAGGUGUAGGACGAAUGCAUAUUUUUUCAUUACUGAAACAAUUUUAGAAGUUAUUCUUUAAGGAAAAGAGUACUUUUGUUUAUUAUGGAGAGCUUUUUUUCUCUCGCAUCUAAUUUAGUCAAAGAUUUGAAAGGUGAAACAAAAGCACAUCUAAGAGUCAUUUUAUACAAGGCUUUCAUUUAAAGGACGG